UUCCCCUCGGCAGGCACCCUCCGCGCCCCCCCCCGCCGGCGGCAGCGGUGGCGCGGCCCCCGCGGUGCCCGCGCGAGCUCGGGCGCGGAGCGGCGCCCCCCGCUCGGCGAUGGUUCCGCCCGCCGUGCGCGGUCAUGUGCGCGGGCCCGGCCCUCCGAGCGCGGCUGGGCGGCCUCGCACAGCGCCGCGUCCCGGGCCUCCGGCGGACAAAAGGGCGCAGGGAAGCGAGACCUCCGGAAGGCGAGGGCAGGCGGUGUCGGUGGUGAACGUUUUCUGAUUUUUCCAGAAAUCAAGCAGAAGACUGAGCUGCUGAUGUCAGUUAACUCUGAGAAGUCGUCCUCUCCAGAAAGGCCAGAGCCUCAGCAGAAAGCUCCCUCUGCACCCCCGCCUCCCCCCCCGCCGCCGCCUCCGCCCCUGCCGGAGCCCGCGCCGCCCGAGCCAGAGGAGGAGAUUUUGGGCUCGGACGAUGAGGAGCAAGAGGAUCCCGCAGAUUACUGUAAAGGAGGCUAUCAUCCAGUGAAAAUUGGUGAUCUUUUCAAUGGCCGAUAUCAUGUUAUUAGAAAGUUAGGAUGGGGACACUUCUCUACAGUCUGGCUAUGCUGGGAUAUGCAGGGAAAAAGGUUUGUUGCGAUGAAAGUUGUAAAAAGUGCCCAGCAUUAUACAGAGACAGCCUUGGAUGAAAUAAAGUUGCUCAAAUGUGUUCGUGAAAGUGACCCUAAUGAUCCCAACAAGGAUAUGGUUGUACAGCUAAUUGAUGACUUCAAAAUUUCUGGAAUGAAUGGAAUUCAUGUCUGCAUGGUGUUUGAAGUGCUUGGGCAUCAUCUUCUAAAAUGGAUAAUCAAGUCCAAUUAUCAAGGCCUUCCUAUCCGUUGUGUAAAAAGCAUAAUUCGACAGGUGCUUCAGGGUCUAGAUUACCUACACAGCAAGUGCAAGAUCAUUCAUACGGAUAUAAAGCCAGAAAACAUUUUGAUGUGCGUGGACGAUGCGUACGUGCGCAGGAUGGCUGCUGAAGCUACCGAGUGGCAGAAAGCUGGUGCUCCUCCCCCCUCUGGCUCAGCAGUGAGUACAGCUCCACAGCAAAAACCUGUUGGAAAAAUAUCCAAAAACAAAAAGAAAAAAAUGAAGAAAAAACAGAAGAGGCAAGCUGAGCUGCUAGAAAAACGCCUGCAGGAAAUAGAAGAACUAGAGCGGGAAGCUGAAAGGAAAAAAAUAGAAGAAAAUGUAACCUCAGCUGUACCAUCAAAUGAACAAGAAGAUGAGUACCACCCAGAGGUGAAACUAAAAACAGCUGAUAUAGAAGAGGUAGUAGAUGAAGAACCUGGAAAUGAUGAUGGUGAAGCAGAAGAUCAGGAUGAAAAAGAAGACACAGAGAAGGAAAACACUGAAAAAGAUGAUGAUGUUGAGCAGGAACUUGUCAACACUGACUCUACAGACCCUAAGUGGAUAGAAUCCCCCAAAACAAAUGGCCAUAUUGUGAACGGCCCUUUCCUAUUGGAACAGCAGAUUGAAGAUGAAGAUGAGGAAGAGGAAGAAUGUCCAAAUCCAGAGGAGUAUAAUCUUGAUGAUCCAAAUGCAAAAAGUGAUUACUCUUACAGCAGCUCCUAUGAACAGUUUAAUGGUGAAUUGCCAAAUGGACGUCAUAAAAUUUCAGAGUCCCAGUUCUCUGAAUUUUCAGCGUCAGUGUUCUCUGGGGCUCUAGAGUCUGUAGCUUGUGGUUCUGCAGUUUCUGAAGGAUCAACUGUAACUGAAAGAGAGGAGAGCAGCCCAUCUCAUGACAGGAGCAGAACGGUUUCAGCUUCCAGCACUGGGGAUUUGCCAAAAACAAAAACUCGUGCUGCUGACUUAUUGGUGAAUCCACUGGACCCAAGAAAUGCAGAUAAAAUUAGAGUUAAAAUUGCUGACCUGGGGAAUGCCUGCUGGGUGCAUAAACACUUCACAGAAGACAUCCAGACAAGACAGUACAGAUCCAUAGAGGUUUUAAUAGGAGCAGGUUACAGUACACCUGCUGAUAUCUGGAGUACAGCAUGUAUGGCGUUUGAGCUAGCGACUGGAGAUUACUUGUUUGAACCACACUCUGGUGAAGACUAUUCCAGGGAUGAAGACCACAUAGCAUUGAUCAUUGAACUGCUGGGAAAAAUCCCUCGAAAAUACGCUAUGUUGGGGAAAUAUUCCAAGGAGUUUUUCACCAAAAAAGGAGAACUCCGACACAUUACCAAGUUGAAACCUUGGAGUCUUUUUGAUGUGCUUGUGGAGAAGUAUGGUUGGCCUCAUGAAGAUGCUGCACAGUUUACGGAUUUCCUGAUCCCCAUGCUAGAAAUGGUCCCAGAGAAACGUGCUUCAGCUGGAGAAUGCCUUAGGCAUCCGUGGCUGAAUUCUUAGCAGAAUCUUCCAGCUGUAAAACAAACAAAAAGCCAGUAACCACUUUCCAAUGCGUUGGACCUAAAUGGUGACUGUCACAAAAUCUUUAGCAGGAUCACACGUGAGCUGGCUUCAAUCCUCAGACCUUUAUUUUGCUUGAGGUACUGUUUGACAUUUUGCUUUUUGUGCACUGUGUUCUUGGGGAAGGGUAGUCUUUUUGUCCUCAGCUAGUAGUUUACUCACCCACUUUCUUCAGAAAACACUUAACGUGUCUUUAAGCAUUGUUUCUUGUGUUGUGUGACAUUCAGAUGUCAGAUUUUUGAACAAAAGAAACUUCCCCCCAUGUGUUUUGGCAAGUUUUGUAACUAUUUAUGAAAAAAAAAAAUAUUUUAGCUGAUGCAUAUUAUAUAAUUUACGAGUGUAAGAAAUUUAUCAAAUCAGAACUGAGUUAUGGCGAGGAAUUGUACAAUUUUAUCUUCUGGCAAAGGGAUGUCAUUCUUGUAUUAUAGAGUAUGUAAAUGCACCCUGUAAAUGUUUAUUUCCAUUUAAAUAUGGGAUCGGGGACUCAAUUUCAGAGUAAAGCGACUAAGUUUUAGAGAGCUUUAUAGCAAACCAAUUGCAUGUAGUGGACUUUAAACCGCUUUAAGGAAUUGUGUAAACUUUCUAUUCUGUAGCAGUUCCUGUUCAUUGGAUUUUAAACAAAGUGGCUCUGGUUUACAGGAUUUCAUUCCCCAAAUGGCACUUUAAAGGAAGGCUAGACUUCUUUCUAAUAAAGUAUGCAUUAUCAUUUAGCACUCCCUUUUAGAACUUUUGCCUAUUUUAAGUGCUUUUAAGAAAAGAAAAAUAGCAAUUUCCCUUACAAUGUGAUAGUGAAGACAUGGUACCAUAUGGUGUUGCCUUUUUCUAAGCACUGUAAGUUGUACUAUACCUUAAGAAAAAGAAAAAAAAUUAAAAGUAGAGCAUGAGAACCACUCUGUGUAGAAUUACUGAUCUUUUAUAAUAAAAGUGUGUGCUUGGCAUCAGUUAAGGAAGGAUAUAGCUGCAGAUAUUUACAGUGCAGUGGGUAAAAUAAUCCAAGAAGCAAGAUCAUGCUCAUUCCAUUCAUAGCUUUACAUGUUUCUAAAACAAAUUGCACUAGCUUUAUUCUUUCCCAUCCGUAGACAUACGACUGCCCAUUGUAAGUUGCACGCAACAAUUAUGUGUUUCCUAGGAACAAAAGCUGCAUAGGCUGAAGCUUAUAGGCAAUACAGAUUUUAGAAUGUACAGUACGGAGGUGUGUUUGGGCCUCUUUUAGAAGUCAGUGGGAUGAAUGUAAGCUUACUCCUGAUCUUCAUGUAACUACAGUGCCACUUUUUUCUUGACUUUGUCCAUAUAAAAUUUAUUCACAUGCCUUUGCAAUAACUAGAUUGUGAGAAGAUAGCCCCAUGCUGUAACAAUAACCAGUUGUUUGAGGUGCUUGCAGUUGUCUAAUUAAAGUGUUUUGUUUUUUCAGA